AUGGAGUCUCAGGUCCAAAAACCACUCGGGCAGAAGAGCUAUUUGCCUCUUAUUAACAAGGUCGACAACCUCAGUGUCCCCUUGGACUUCGACUUCAACACGCUUUACAAACUCAUGCUCCCCAAAGAUGUCAGGCCACAUGGCUUCAUGGUUCCGAGCACGGUCGAGCGACUCCCCUGGACCUCGGACUUUCGCAUCAAUCACGAUGAACGCAAAGUCUGCCUUCUCGACAUCACUAGUGAGGACGGCGAGGACCCCGGCAAGGCUUGCACCGCUGCAUUCCAGCGCGUCGUCGACGCCGCUAUCGCAUCUGACUCUUUCCCCACAUUGAACAAAAUGCAUAGUGAGCAUUUUAGGAUCCUCGGCGCCAACCACUUCAUGUCGAUUGAGCGGUUUCCCGCCCCGCUGUUCGGAAUCUCAUCGCGUGGCGCACACAUGACUGCAUACGUAAAGACCAGCAAUGGUUUGAAAAUUUGGGUGCCGAGACGCAGCGCGCACUUGUUCACGUUCCCCAACCUGCUCGAUACGACUGUCGCAGGCGGGGUCAAGGCUGAAGACUCGCCGUUUGACUGCAUUGUCGCGGAGGCCACCGAGGAGGCUUCGCUCCCCGCGGCUUUCGUCAAGGAGAAUGCUCGAGCUGUCGGAGCGGUCACAUAUGUCAGCAUGAAUCAGCAAAAGGGUAUUUUCUUCCCGACUGUUCUCUACGUGUAUGAUCUUGAGCUUCCGGAGUCGAUCGAGCCCGAGCCUGGUGACGAUGAGGUUUCCAGCUUCAAACUCAUGACCAUUUCCCAGGUCAAAAGCGCCAUGCUGGAAGAGCAAUUCAAGCCUAACUGUGUUCUGGUAAUGCUCGAUUUCUUCAUCCGCCACAACAUCAUCACACAGGAAAACAAUGAAGAGUAUCUGGAAAUCGUCACGAGAUUGCGGCGGCACCUGCCUAUACCGACAAGCAAGGAACACUGA